GCCUGAAAAUCAUCUCGAAAGUCGACGCAGCUUACAUCCACACUGACACAUUUUUGUUCUGGUGCAAACUUGCACUAGACAUACACGUAAUCGACAUCAUGGUCCGCAGUGCAACAGCCGUCAUAUUUUUGGCAUCGGCCUGUGCCGUCAUUGGCCACCCCGUCGAUCCGAAUUCUGCUUAUACAGAUGUUGACGUGGGCAGCCAAAUACCGUCACACGAUCAGGUUCAUCGCUUUGCAUCACCUGAAAUAAGACGAAGAAGCGCCCCUGCACCUGCUGCAACACCUGCUCCAGCGGCCCCAGCAGCCCCAGCAGCAGCUCCUGCGCAACCUGCCGCACAGCCAGCAGCACAACCGGCUGCGCAACAAAACACAACCCAGCCAGCAGCGAAGCUGGCCGCCCAACCACAGGCCGCAAACACAACCGCCAAGGCCCCUGGUCCCACGCGCAUCAGCAAAUCCCCCUAUACGUUGUACUUUCACUGGGAGACCAAGCCCGUCGCCGUCGCGGGCCGCUGCGUCAACGCCUUUUCCAACCUCGCUCACCUCGUCGCCGAGGUGAUUCCGCAGUUCAAGCCCUACACGGACAAGAAGGCCCUGGACGCCAACAUCGAGAAGCGCGGUGCGGAGCUCCUGGAGCAGCACCGCGCCGCAGUCAAGGCCGCCGCAGCUUCUGUGGACGCCACGGCGACGCAGGACGUUUCCAAGGUGGCCGUCCCGGACCCCAAGAAGCCGCCAAAGAAGGACGAAAAGGUCCCCGCCGUGGUCUACCCGCACAUCAAAGGCAUGCAGGGCGGCCAGCCGGUGUACAACAUGACCAAGGAGCCGGUUGCUGCGUUCCUGCGCCACCCCUUGUCCGACUUUUACCUCCACCACCCGGACUUGAACCUGGAGCUGAGCGCAAAGGCAGACUACCACGAGGUGCAGAGCCUCGCGGGGCCGUUCAACAAGGAAAACAGGGCCUUCCGCUCAGCCAUCGCGAACCUGCUGAUCCAGCGGCGGGGGGAGUACCUCAUCUCGUGGGGCGAGAACCGGAAGAACGACGUGGUGCGGGAGGCCAAGGACGAGGUGACCAAGACCGAGGUCGGCGGCCAGAAGCUCGAGUUCAAAAAGAGCUCGACGCUGCCGCUCGAGGAGCUGACGUGGCAGACGUACGUGGAGGGCGUGGGGGCGGCCAACGCCACGAACCUGCGCGUGGUGGCGGCCGUGAGGAUCGUCGACGCCGACUUUUACGCCGUGAUGCGCGAGAACUACAAGGACGCCGACAUGGUCGCCGGCGAGCCCGUGGUCUGGAAGCCCGCGGACGGAAAGCUGUUCCACCGCCUCGUCGGCACCGAGGUGCUCGCCGGCAAGGUGCAGAUGCUGACGGCCCACCACGGCGCCACGGGGAACAGGGACAUUGUCAGCAUCGUGACGUCGCCGGGCGCCAAGUGGGCGGAUCCGUGGGUUGCGGCGAUUAUUCUGGGCGAUGCCAAGCCGGCUGCCGCUGCUGCUCCUGCUGCUGCACCUGCCGCUAGUCCUUCUGCCACUUCUACUUCUUCUGCAGCUGCUGCCCCCGCUACCACAUCGACUGCGGCCCAACCCGCGGCGGCCACAGCUCCGGCGACGACGACCGCAGCUCAACCGCCUGCAGCGGCGACAACACCAGCUGCCACACCAGCUGCAAAGGCGAGCAGGAGGCGUGCAAGGAGGUAG